ACGAUUGUUUUUUCACCACCAUUGAUUUGAGGAUCAAUUGCGGCAUCAAGUGAUUUUAGCUCAUUCCAGAUCGCAGUUGUGGGGAGAUCGAACUGCGAUUUUUCAUACAAAAUUCAGUACCAAUCACUAUUGAAUCAACUAACGAUUAAUAUUUAUUAUCACGAUUAUAUUGACUCGAAAGAUUAAUCUUUGCGGUUACAAGAAGAUACCAAUUGUUACCAAAAAGUUAAAGGAAGAGUAAAAGCUUUAACAACAACAACACCCACACACUCCACACUUCAUACCUUACAUCACCGCACCAAACAAAAGUCUCUUUCCCUCUUUCAAACUCUCUAGGGUUUCCUCUAUUCGCAUCUCGAUUUUCCGAUUUUCUCCAUGGACGAGGUUCCUGUGAUUGAAGAAAAUGAAACAAAGUCUGAAGCGCAUUUGACUUCUGCUGCUGCUUUUGUGGAAGGUGGAAUUCAGGAUGCUUGUGAUGAUGCUUGCAGUAUAUGCCUUGAAGCUUUUAUUGAUAGUGAUCCUUCAACGGUGACGAGUUGCAAGCAUGAGUUUCAUCUUCAAUGUAUUCUGGAAUGGUGUCAAAGGAGUUCCCAGUGCCCCAUGUGUUGGCAAUCUAUCAGUCUCAAGGAUCCAACAGGCCAGGAAUUGCUCGAGGGAGUUGAAAGAGAGAGGAACUUUAGGGUCAAUCCGUCUAGAAAUGCUACAAUAUUUCAUCAUCCAACACUGGGGGAUUUUGAGUUACAACAUUUGCCAGUUGGAGCAAAUGAUGCUGAUCUUGAAGAGCGUAUAAUCCAACACUUAGCUGCUGCAGCAGCAAUGGGGCGAGCACGCCAUAUUGCUAGAAGGGAAGGCCAGAGAAAUAGGUCAUCAGCUCAAGGUCGCCCACAGUAUUUGGUAUUUUCCGCUCAUCCUAAUUCACCUCCCAUGGCUGCUGCUUCUUCCUCUCCACCUCAGAGAGGGGAUGGUGAAUCAACUCCUUCUAUCACUCUAUCUCCAACUUUUUCGACUGGAGAAGAACCACCACAGCUUACUUUAGUUCACCCAGUUCAAACCGACCAGGUUUCUGCUUCAGGAUCCGGGUCUAUGGCUCUUGCUACUGACAAUCAGGGAUUAUCUUAUAACAACAGGAGAUCUCCUAAUCAGUCUUCUCCAAGUAGCCAAGACAGAGCAGGACCAUCAGAUCUCCAGUCGUUUUCAGAUUCUCUGAAAUCAAAACUAAAUGCCGUGUCUACAAGAUACAAAGAGUCAAUUUCCAAGAGCACAAGAGGGUGGAAGGAGAGGUGGUUCUCACGGAACAGCUCUGUAACUGAUCUUGGAUCUGAAGUUAGGAGAGAAGUUAAUGCAGGGAUUGCAACUGUGUCACGAAUGAUGGAACGCUUGGAGACCAGAGACAAUAAUACACCCAGUAGCAAUUCUUCUCCAAGUAAUUCAGAGGAUGGUCCAGUUCAGGAAUCAAAUGAUCGGCAUUUAACAGACACUGAAAGGGACAGUCCUUUGAUAGACAAUAACACCAAAACAUCUUGCACUGCAGGUUCUAGUUCAAAUUAAGCAUAUAAAUGGACUUGCUUGAACUCCAAUCUGUUUUGUCCUAAAGUUAGGAAUAGAGUUGACCAUUACUGGAUUGAAAUUCUGUGGAUGUGGUGCAUUGCCUAUUGGCUGGCGCAGAAGUGAUAAUCCUUUGAUCUACAAAAGAUGACCGACAAUUGUGAUAUUGAAAGUAAUAAAGAACUUAAGGAAAAAAGCAGCUGUGGUCUCAUUUGUUUGAAACUCAGGAAUGUUUAUGUGAUUGUAUAUUUGGUUCACCUUGUAAACUUAUUUAUAGAUAUUUUUUAGAUAUCUUUACAUAAAACACCAUGUCUCUUCGACCUCAAGAUAUGCGUGUUUAAACAUACCGUUAAUGGGACACAAAGUAAUACUCAUAAAUUCAUAAUGUGUUAAAAUU